CGCUAACUUGUAAUUAAAACAGAGGAAAUCACAAAAGAAGAAAAAAAAUGAAGGUUGUGGUGACGUCAAGGCAAACCAUCAAACCAUCCAACCCAACACCCCAACACCUUUGCCAAUUGAAGCUCUCACUUCUUGAUCAAAUACAACAACCACACUUUGCUCCUUUUAUCUACUUCUAUGCAUCAUCCAAUUCAGGGCUUAACAAAGCCACAAAUGAUAGAAGAAGAAGUGAGAAGCUAAAGGAGUCUCUUUCUGAGACACUAUCAUGGUUCUACCCACUAGCUGGUCGUGUCAAAAACAAUCUCUUUUUUGAUUGCAACGACGAGGGUGUCCCUUUCUUUGAAGCCCAAGUCCAAUCUAAUCUCGACCAUGUUGUUGGACAAAGCAAUUCCAACUCCCCACUCAAUUGCUUGUUUCCAUAUCCUGAUUUUGAUGAUGCUGGGGAUCUACUCUUAGCUGUCCAACUCAACUUCUUCGACUGCGGUGGCAUGGCUAUUGGAUUAUGUACUUCACACAAGAUAGCAGAUGCAUUAUCAGUAGUAAUGUUUAUGAAAUUCUGGGCAGCUGUUAGUCGUGGAGAUUAUAGCAAUUUGGUUUAUCCCCAAUUCGAUUCGGCCAACAUCUUUCCCCCUACACUUAAUCCCAAUACCAAUCACCACAAGCACGGCGUUGGCACUACAAAAAAGAAGAUCAUUGCAAAGAGAUUCGUGUUUAGUGACUCCGCCAUCUCUACUCUUAAAGCCAAAUACACCCCCACCCCCACCACCGCCACCGCCACCGCUACUGCCACCGCCACCGCUACUGCCAUCGCCACUGCCACUGCUGUCACCGCCAACAACAAAACCAUACAUAAUAAUCCAACUCGUGUUGAGGCACUUUCUACUUUUAUAUGGUGUAGAUAUAAGGCUGCCACUCGAGGAAAGGCGGUAUAUGGAGAAAGAAUUAGAUACCCAGUGAUUCAAGGGGUGAACUUGCGCACGAGACUCAAUCCACCUUUACCUAAUUCAUAUUAUAGUAACCUUAGUCGAUUUUCCAUAGCAAUAUUAGCACCACCGGCAUUGGAAAAAGGCGCUAUAGGAGAGGAUCAUGGUAGCUUGGUCACUCAGAUGAGAGAUGGGAUAAGAAAAGUUAAUAGUGACUAUGUAAGGAAACUCCAAGAGGGUGGUGGUGGUGGUGGUAUGGGGGGCUUGAAUUCCAAGAAAGAGGAGGGUGGUAAUAAAGGAGGAGGAGGAGGAGGAGGAGGAGGAGAUGCAGUGUUUACUUUUAUGUUUUCGAGCAUAGCUAGGUUUCCGCUCUAUGAAACUGAUUUCGGAUGGGGAAGGCCUGUAUGGGUGACUUCAGGUGCAAUAAAUCUUGAUAAUACAGUUGUUUUCCUUCCUACUAAAUCGGGUGACGGCAUAGAAGCAUUGAUUUUUAUGAAUAAGGGCGAUUUGGCGAAACUUGAAACUGAUAAAGAGUUUCUCUCAUUUGUUUCCAAUCCUAAAUUUCCACUUCUCAGCUCCUUAUAAAUUGUGUGUAAUUUCUUACUAUUACAUGACGUUGAGAAUAUAAUAUAAAUAAAGUUGUGCUACUCUCCAAUAGAGCAUAGCAUCUCA